GCCCUUCCCGUCGCUGCGUCCGCGCCCGGGCGCCCAGGACCAUGGCGGCCCUGCGAGGCUGGCAGUGGGGCGAGCAGCGCGCGCUCAGCCGGGCGGUGAGGCUGCUGCAGCGCCUGGAGGAGCAGUGCGGGGACCCCCGGCUGGCCAUGGGGCCGCCCUCGCUGCGGGACCUGCUGCCCGGCAUGGCGCAGCUUCUGCGGAAGGUGGCCAGAGUCCGCUACGACGCCGCCGGCAGGGGCGGCCCCGAGGGUCCCGGGGGCGCCUGGGACUUCCUCGAGGUGUACCUGGCCAACCUGGAGGCCAAGGCCAGGCAGGUGGCCGCGCUCCUGCCAGCCCGAGGCCGACAGGGGGCCAGUGACGAGCUCUUCCGGGAGGGAGCCAGGCUCAGGCGGCAGCUGGCCAAGCUGGCCCUCAUCUUCAGCCACAUGCAUGCGGAGCUGGGUGCCCUCUUCCCCGGGGGCAAGUACUGCGGGGACAGAUACCAGCUCACCAAGGCUGAGGCCCACACCUUCUGGAGGGAGCGCUGUGGUACCCGCUGUAUGCUACCCUGGGCAGAGUUCCAGUCACUGCUGAACACCUGCCACCCUGUGGAACCUGGUGCCACUACCCAGGCCCUGUGCUCCACCAUCGACCUCACCUGCAGUGGCCACGUGUCCAUUUUUGAGUUUGACAUCUUCACCAGGCUCUUCCAGCCGUGGAUGACGCUGCUCAAGAACUGGCAGCUCCUAGCCCUCAGCCACCCAGGCUACAUGGCCUUCCUGACGUAUGAUGAGGUACAGGCACGCCUGCAGGCCUGCAGAGACAAGCCAGGCAGCUACAUCUUCCGGCCCAGUUGCACCCGCCUGGGGCAGUGGGCCAUCGGCUACGUGAGCUCGGACGGCAGCAUCUUGCAGAUCAUCCCUCCCAACAGACCCCUGUUCCAGACGCUCCUGGAAGGACAGAAGGACGGCAACUUCCUCUACCCAGAUGGGAAGAACCGCAACCCUGACCUGACCAAGCUCUGCCAGGCCGAACCCCAGCAGCGCAUCCAUGUGUCAGAGGAGCAGCUGCAGCUGUACUGGGCCAUGGACUCCACAUUCGAGUUGUGCAAGAUCUGCGCCGAGAGAGACAAGGACGUAAGGAUUGAGCCCUGCGGACACCUGCUCUGUAGCCGCUGCCUGGCUGCCUGGCAGCACAGGGACAGUCACACCUGCCCCUUCUGCCGCCGCGCGAUCAAGGGCUGCAAGGCCGUGAGCAUCUGUGGGUUCACGGGAGGGAAGGUGGAAGGCGGAGCCCAUGCCCUGGACACAGAGGACAGCAGCUACCAGGACAGCGUGGAGCUGGAGCCGGAGCCGGCGGCCCCCUCUGCUCCCCCUCUGCCUCCUCGCGUAGAUCUGCCCCCCAGGAGGCUCAGAAGUGAAUGCCAACUGGAGGUGGCACCUCUGGCCCUCCCCCGACUCCGGGCCCCCCUUCCCUUGCCCAGAAUCAGGACUGUGGCCUCAGCCCUGUGGAAUGCCAGCUCCAGGGCCCAGGCCAUGGAGGGGGCCACAGAAAACUCCUGAAGGGAAACGCCUCUCCAGCUGCCUCUGUGGGACUCAUGAUGGCUGCCCAGAGCUUGAAGCCAGGGUUCCAGAUUUGCUGCUACAAGGGACUCUCAGGGGCUGGAGGGGAUUUGUGAAGCCGAAAUAAAGAGCUAAGCCUAAUUAGA